AUGCCAUUGAUGAACGGGAUAGAAGCAACUCGGCGCAUCAGAGAAGAGGAAGGAAAUUAUGGUGUUCACAUACAAAUAAUUGCACUAACUGCACAUGAAAGAGGAGAAGAAGAGAUAAACAAGAUGGAUGAGGUAGCUGCAUCCAAAAGGCAGGAAGUCGAGGCUGCAUUAGAAGUUGUUUCUGUUGCUAUUGCUACUGUAGAGGAAAAGCAAGAUUACGAGUCUCUUGCUGCAGCUUACAAAGCCAAUCUUCAUCUACAAUCACUAAUUGCUGCCAACAUCAGGGAUGAAUACACUCUGUUGGAAGAAGAGGAGAUUCGGAGGGAGAACGCCUAA